UGAAUGGCAAAAGAGGAUAUUUUGACGAUCUAUCGCGUGUGAAGAACGUCAAAUUAAGAUGCGAUUUUGACUAGAAAUUGAAGAAAUACCCCAAAAAAGAAGAAGGAGAGAGGGCAAAUCUUAAGGAAGACAAAAAUGGGUGUGACAAAGGAACAAGUCGAGUCAUCCUUGAACUCCAAACUUAACCCUUCCCAUAUCGAAGUACUGGAUACAUCUGGAGGGUGUGGUGCAAGUUUUGUAGUUGAGAUUGUGUCUGAACAAUUUGAAGGGAAAAGGCUAUUGGAAAGGCAUAGAAUGGUGAAUGCUGCCUUAGAGGAGGAAAUGAAAGAGAUUCAUGCACUCUCUGUAAAGAAAGCUGUAACCCCAGAACAGUGGAAAAAACUGCAAGAGUCCAACCAAUCAAAUCCUGCUGCUUAGAGCAUAUUUAUUUUUGUUAUAUUAAUAUUUUAAGAUAAAUAAAAAAUAUCCAUACAAUAUCUUGCUGGCAAUAUUUGUGGAUCAUUAAUCUAUUUAUGUUUGUUGUCACUCAAAUUUCAUAUUGUACUGCUAAAUUUUAGUUGACAAUUUCUGACUUUCAGUGGUGUGAUUUUAUAUUGAAUUGACUUUCAGUACUCUUCUAUA